CCUAAUGACUCCGUCGACGUUCCGCAGACGUUCCGCAGCCGUUACGCAUCCAGUGGAAAUCCCCGGUUAGACCUUUGUAAAAAGUCCUCUCUGCUAGAGAUAAUGUUUAAUUAGUAGCCAUAUCACAUUAAGAUCAAUAUGCAUUAGGAUAACUGACAUUAGCUUCUCUUUUGACUGUGAUAGGGAAAAACGGAGCCCUGAAACAGAGAUAAGCAGGGCCAAAUACACAUGAAAGCCAUCUGUUUGAUGUUACUUUAAUCCCUUUUUAUAUGAUACAUCACUCUCUUUCUCUUUUAUACGAUGCAUCUCACAUAAUAGUCAUACAGUCCCAAUUUUGAGAUAUUAGGGGUAUUGUAUUUUAGCUUUUUUUAAGUCAAGAAGAGGGUCUGCUGAAGAAGCUUUUGUAAAAGAUUUAAUAGCAUUUCCUCCCCCACCCCCCAUAAUACAGGGUGUAUUCUGUGCCUCUGUAUAUUCUUAUCAUAUUACUAAAAGUGAGUCAGAGAGCGAGAGAAAAUAAAAGAGUCUCUGUUCCCAGUGUCACUGAGUAGAACUACUUGCUGUGGAGUUGUUGAUGGUUGUUGAGGUAAUAUUAAGCCUACUGCAUCUUGCCAGCGUGGACACUGCAGUUGUUGUUGUUUACUGUAAGCUGUCUCAACACAGUAGGCCAAGACAGAGACUGUCUGAGCUACUUGGAAUUUCACAAUUUUGGUAAGUAGUUAAAUCUAAAACUUGAAAAAUGUGAAAAUAUUACAGCAGCAUGAACAAUAUGAUCCAUAUGUUUAUCCUAAUUCUGAAUAUUUUUUAUUAUUACUGUAUCAUAAUUGUUUGUCAACAUACUUGGAUUUCUUUUCUUUCACUUUCAGUCACUGAAUACAGAAAAGGAAGGAAAAAGAGAAUAAAGUCAGAUCACAUAAUGUAAUUAAAGCUGUAGUGCGUAGUUUCUGCCACCCUGUGAGGAAUUCUAAGUAAUGACAACAAAACUGUCCAUGACCGCAAACUGUAUUGUAAUUGGCAUGCAACGUAUUACACCACAAAAAUCUCAGAGAAAUAUGGACACAAAGAUAAUGAUAUUCUGUCUGCUUGUGGCAGCUAUUAUCAGCCCUGUGUUUACUGAAGAAUGGAGGGCCAGUGUUGUAAAAGAACUUGACGCCCUGGUCACAUCCUGUGUUGUGGUACCCUGUUCAUUCACCCAUCCUAAAGAGAAGCUGCCCACCUCCAGACUCAGAGGGAUCUGGCAUCUUUCAACUGAUAAAAACAAACGCAUCUAUUACGAGGAUAGCAUGCAGGUCUUGGAAAACUUUAGCGUCCGCACAAAGUUGGUGGGACAUCUGGGUCAGAACAACUGCUCUUUAGAAAUGACUAACAUUAAAGAUCAUGACAACGGCCCUUUCUGUUUCCGGAUCGAACUAGAACGAAAAAAGGACUCUUUCUCCUUUGUGAAGAGUUGUGUCGAGUUCAGAAUGCUCUGCAUGUCACAGACUUUCCAAAAUGUCAUAAAUCUAUACUGAUUUUCUAUGUUACAAUAAUUAUCUGCUUUUCCUUUUUUUUCAUUGAUAGGUGAUCCUCCGAAUCCUACACUGAGUCACCUAAAGACGUCCACUCAAGAUCGACCCUACACUAAU